AGUUAUACGCGAAUAUCAUCUGUGUGGUGGGAUUUCAACGUCGCCGUCUCGUGUCUUCAUAGAUUGACCUAUCAAACGUCGCAAGAAGGUCGUGUACGGGUGGUAGUCGAUCGUCGCGGAUUGAUAGUGUUUUGCUUCCAGCCUCUCUAGGAAAGAAGUCCGAAGAAAAGUGCGAAGACCUUCAAGAUCUCCAGCUGCUAGCCGUGGGAUUCAACGACAACAGCAAACGCAUAUCAGCAUAUCCAGAUUCGUGCAAGUCGCCGGUCGGAUUUGAAGGUCGCUGGUCAAAAAGAAGUGGAAAAAGCGAGCAAUGUUGCGAACCAUCGCCGUACGGAACGAAAAGCUCCUGCUCCAGGGGCCAAGCAAGGUUCUACGGGGAACUGCCAGCAGAGCUCUGAGCUGUGAUGCUGUUCGGAAGUGCAACGUCCAAAAGAAUUCGCAAAAAUGGACGGGUGUAUCCAACGGUGCCAAACUGGCCUCGGUGUGGCAGGUGAAAUUUGUCCGUGGCUACUGCAGCAACUACCCAGCCCACAACAAGGUCCUACUGCCGGCUCUCUCACCCACUAUGGAGAUGGGUACGAUCGUCAGCUGGGAGAAGAAGGAAGGCGACAAGCUGAAUGAGGGUGAUCUCCUCGCCGAAAUCGAAACCGAUAAGGCCACCAUGGGCUUCGAAACUCCAGAGGAGGGUUACCUGGCAAAAAUCUUGAUCCAAGCCGGUCAGAAGGACGUCCCCAUCGGUAAACUGGUCUGUAUCAUUGUCGAGAACGAGGCAGACGUUGCCGCCUUCAAAGACUACAAAGACACUGGUGCUCCAGCAGCCAAGGCUGCGGCAGCUGCUCCCCCACCGCCGGCAGCAGCUCCACCAGUAUCAACUCCACCACCGGUUGCGGCUGCGCCUCCGCCAUCAUCAUCGGCUGCCGCUCCAAUGACUGCCGUCGAACAGCGUGGCCCACGAGUGUACGCCAGCCCGAUGGCGAAGAAGCUUGCAGAACAGCAAAGACUACGAUUGGACGGAAGAGGAUCCGGUUUAUUCGGCUCACUAACGUCUAAGGAUCUUGCAGGUAUGCAGGCAGCCGGUGCGCCGGAAGCCCGUGCCUCAGCAGGGGCUCCCAGCAUUCCGUCCGGUGCAGCCUUUAUUGAUAUUCCGGUGUCCAACAUUCGUGGCGUCAUCGCUAAGCGACUGCUCGAAUCGAAGACCACCAUUCCACACUAUUAUCUCACGGUGGACGUCAACAUGGACAACAUCAACAAGCUUCGCACCAAGUUCAACAAACAACUGGAGAAGGACGGCGUCAAGCUGUCGAUCAAUGACUUCAUCAUCAAAGCAGCAGCCAUGGCCAGUAAGAAGGUGCCGGAAGCAAACUCCGCUUGGAUGGAUACCUUUAUCAGACAAUUCGAUUCAGUGGACGUUUCGGUAGCAGUUUCCACGGAUCGUGGUCUGAUCACGCCCAUCGUGUUCAGUGCCGACCGGAAGGGAUUGUCAGACAUUUCCAAGGAUGUCAAGAGCCUGGCAGCGAAGGCUCGGGAUGGCAAGUUGCAACCUCAUGAAUUCCAGGGCGGCACCUUCAGCGUGUCCAAUCUCGGCAUGUUCGGUGUGACGCAUUUCUGCGCCAUUAUUAACCCGCCGCAGAGCUGCAUUCUGGCCGUUGGUGGAACCCAGAAGCGGAUCGUACCUGAUAAAGAUUCGGAACAAGGAUGGAAGCAAAGCGAUUACGUUUCGGUAACUCUAAGCUGUGACCACCGUACGGUGGAUGGUGCUGUUGGCGCACGCUGGUUGCAGUAUUUCCGCCAAUUCUUAGAGGAUCCCCACUCUAUGCUUCUGUAGGUGCAAAUUGAACUUCAACACACAAUGAAUAACCAUGCCUUAUUUGAAACAAAAGAAAAAGUACCAUCAACCCGCUCCACCAUCAGGUUUAUGUACAACUGAAGUCUCCGGGCAUCCGUACAAGUUAUCACAACCAAAACUUUCACUUGCAGAUUAAGUAGGAAAAUGUACAGUCAUCCACAGACAAGCAAAGCAUCGUUACCCUCUCCACCACAGUUCAAGUUUUUUUUUCUGGAGCAGCAUUCGUCCAUAUGCACCCCCAGUAUGAGACGCUCCGGAGACUUUGCAAUAACAGUCUGCCAAUAAACUAUUUAGUUAACCAGUCAGGUAGUAGUUACGAAACAAUCGUACAAAUAAGAAACAAAUGAUUAAGUGUAACGAAAAUUUAACAACAAAAAACUCAAUGAGGCAAAGUGGUCAUCAAUAUCUACCUAACCAUCCCAACCGUACGAAGAAUCUGUGAAAUUAAGAAAUCGACUUGUUUUGAACAAAGGGAAAAUAAUGUAUCUAAAUAGUCAGAACGGUUCUCAUUUUUAACUGCUUUCUCUAGAUUUCUUUUAGUAGUACUAAAAUCUAUUUAUUGGUUUCAGUUGAAGUAUAUUUACUCGAACAACUGUCACAGUCGAUUAGUUUAUGUCGAAGUAAAGUCGAUUAGAUCCACUCACGCAGCUUUAGAUGGCAUACAAAACACUAAACAACGACUUUUUUUUUCAAAAUUUUAACCAUUUCAAUCAAACCGCAUCGCAAACAUUAAGAAUUGACAUUUCUCGUUCGAUUCAUGCGGAUCCCUUCCAUUCACUCUGAACCGCCGAGAAAACUCGCAAUUGGAACGAUCGAAAACCUACCUUAGGGAAGCGUAACUACACCGGAUCGAUAUCGUGUCGGAACGAAUAUUAGCAAUUAUUUAAAUAUAUUUUCAAAAGCAAAUCCUUGCAGCACCAGUCUAAAGACAUAGUUUUUUGAACUACAUCAGGAGGGGAUAUUAAUGUUAGAGAAACAAUACGUCGUAAUAAAACGUUGCAAUGUCACAGCGUGUAAA